CGUUUACUAUCGUUUCGGCUGCAUUGUAUAUCACUCAGUCAUUAUGGUGAGAGAGUUUUCGUGGGAAUAUCGAAGGGCACAUCCAGCUGAGUUCCCUUUUCUGUGUAAAAUUUGUGGUCCCGAGGAAAGAAGAUUUAAAACGGGAAAAGACCAGGAGAGACACGAUGAAAUGACAAAAAGACAUGAUCCUAACUUUGUGCCUGUUCGAAGACCAAAGAAACGACGCAGGAGAAAGGCUAAAAUCAUCAGCAUUAUUGACUCCAAAGUUUUACCCAAUGUGAAUUAUAGAAAUGAAUACCAACCUGUUGCAAGAAGUCUCGGAGAUACAUGUAUACUGAGGAAUAAUAUCUCUCUUAUAUACCGACCUACAGAAGUCAGAACGCACACCAUGGCAACAACAAGUGGUUCAAUUAAUUUUAUUCGGAAUGAACGUGAUUUAGAAGUGUUCAUCAGAGACCAUGUUGAAACAGAUGAUGCCUACAGAAGUGUAUGCAAAGGUGUCAUUAGGAAUGUCGGUGAUAUUUUAAAGAAUAACAUUAAGGGUAAAUACAGACCAGAUGAAGUCCUAAAGACUGGAUCCACUGCAAAGGGAACCGCUAUAAAAGGGAAGUCAGAUGUUGAUCUUGUUUUUUUGUUGUCAAGAACAGAGUAUCAAUCUAUUGAUCACUUUUACAAUGACCUGCCGACAAUCUUAAGGGAUAUUAAUGAUGCACUGAUCACGUGUCCACAAUUCAAGAAUGUGCGUGUACAAAAAAGAGCAGUCUCAUUCCAAAUAGAUUGUAGAGAACCUGGGACUGGUCACGCCCAUGUUAUAGAUGUUGACAUUUUACCAGCUGUUAAUUUUGGAGAUGUUGAUAUAAGAAGCAUCCACUCCAAAAUGAGGGGAACAUCAGAUGCAAAGCGUAAUCUUUAUACCCCGUCUUUAACCAAAUGGCAGAGAGAUUUCAUAAAGAAGGAUAGAACAGAGCAACUGAAAAAACUAAUAAGAUUUGUAAAGUACUGGAAGAAUGUUAAUGUUCAGAGGUCACCAUCAUCAUUUGCACUUGAACUACUGAUCAUUUAUCUAUGGAACCAGGAAGGUGAUCCUAAACAAUUCCAGUUGACAAAUGCGUUGAAAAAAGUGAUGGAAACUAUUGCUAAUCCUAAUACCAUAAGGGCUGAGUUCUUCGAAUAUUACAGCAGGGAUUUUCAACAAAGAUAUACUGUUCCAUACAUCAUAGAUCCAGUCAAUCCGUAUUCAAAUGAAGCUGAAAAAUGUCGCUGGGAUGAGAUAAGUCGAGAGGCGAACCAGUUUCUACAGAAACCCUUGAUGAGAAGUGCUACUUCGAAAGUUAUUUAACUGUAUUUGUCUUGAUUAACAUAUGACUAGAUUUAGAAAACAGUGAUAUAAAACUGUCAUUAGAUUUGUAUUAAACUUCUGUGUAUCAAGUUAUUGACUAUAUGCGUCUUGCUAUGAUAUACAACAUUAAACAGUGGUAUUAUA